GUGGCCAGGCACCGCGCUGGGCGACUCGGCGUCUCCGGACGUGCGGCGGCGGGUCACGAAGGACCCCGCAACCGACAAGGAUGGCGGCGCGGAGGCUGCUGGCGGCGGCGGCCUGGGGAGUCCGACAGUCCCUUCAACCCGGGGCUCGGAUCCACAUGACUCCCCACAGAGAGCUGAGGUAUGGUUGGUUGGCAUACAUGUUAGGUGACACAACAAUGCGAAAGUUCAAGGACAACAGUAAAAUCAUCACCAUUGAUGGAAACCUUGCGUCUGGAAAAGGUGCCUUAGUGAAAAGCUUGGCUGAGAAACUAGACAUGUUGUAUAUCCCUGAGGUUGAUAUUCAUUACUGGGACUGGAAGACAGGUGAUGGCCAGAAGUUAAGUUCUGCAUUUAAUGGUAACUGCAGUGUGGAAAAGUUUUACAAGGACCCUAAAUCUCCAGAUGGAAAUUCCUAUCGGCUGCAGAGUUGGAUGUACCACCUUCGGACCCUGCAGUACUCUGACGCUCUGGAGCACCUUCUUCAAACAGGGCAAGGUGUUGUAUUGGAGCGGUCGCCCUACAGUGACUAUGUUUUUCUUGAAGCGAUGUACCAACAAGGAUAUAUCCGGAAGCAGUGUAUCGACCAUUACAAUGAGCUCAAAGGAAACAGCAUUUGUGAGUUCCUUCCCCCUCACCUUGUUAUCUACCUGGAUGUACCUGUUGUGGAAGUACAGAAGCGGUUGAAACAGCAUGGUGAGACUUACGAACAAAACGUUUCUGCGGAUUACUUACAGAGCGUUGAGGACGCGUACAAGAAGUCUUUUCUUCCAGAGAUCAGUGAAACAUCUGAAAUUCUGCUGUACAAUACAUUCCAGGCUCCUGAUGUAGAGAAGGUUGCUGAGGACGUCAGACUGUUAAAGUGGGAGAAAGGGCCAUGGCUGGAGCAAAGUGAUGUUUCCUUCCAUUUACUCAGACAGCUGGUUGAAGACAAGCAACGUGUAGCUGACCUGACAUCGUUUCCCAGAUUCCUUCCAGAAAUCACAAUUGGAGCUCACGAGUUUGAUCGAAUGUAUCAUGCCUACAGACAGCUCCCAGGUCGAAAGUAUGCAGAAGGUUUCAAUGCUGAUGUUGGAGAUAAGUGGAUCUGGUUAAAGUAACUGUGUGGCUUGUGGAAUACCAAUUAAACAGAUUUGAAAGGAAGUGAAAGUGAGAGAACUCUGAUGCAUGGUAAAAUAGCAAGCUCAGCAUGGCAAACCUGAUUGGAUUUACCCAGGGCCUGUGCAGAAUUUUGAGUACCUUAUUAAUUGACUGUAGAUAUCAAAUAAAACCUGACAUUGAAA